AUGGUCAUUAACUAUGUUAAAUAUGAUGUUAAAGAAUAUUUACCACAAGCAACUAUUCUUAUUUAUACAAAAUGUUUUGGGGUAGGGCAUUUUCGCAAACAAUGCAAGCAAACAGAUGAUACUUGUAAAGUUUGUAGUGAACGUUAUCCUGAUAUUAUUAAACAUAAUUGUUCUGGUAUUGCUAAAUGUUUACAUUGUGGUGGUGAUCAUCAUGCAAACGAUAUGAAAUGUAAGGUGGUCAAGCAAUAUAGAGCUGAUUUAACCAAAAUUCUCUUAUCAUAUUCCAACAAGUCGUUUAAUAAUGAUAUGUUCAAUAAUAUGUUUACCUCAACAUCUGAAUUUCCUCCUUUACUGCGUCCAACUAAAUCAACUAUUAAUGAUUAUAAGAUGCUAGCAGGUGAACAAAAUGGAAUUAUGACCAAACUGGACCAGAUACUUAAUUCAAUCAACAAUAUUAAUGAUACUAUUGGUGAUCUUGUUAAACGUACUGAACAAAUUGAAGAUUGGAUAAAUGCUAAACAAAAAUUCGACUUGAAAAUCAACAAUGGAAUUAGAUCUUUACAACAUGGAAUUUCACGUCACGAUGGUGUAUUAUUUAAUCAAACAAAUUUUAUAGAAAAACUAAUUCUUCCUGCUAUGGAUGAUAUUAUGGCAAUGCUAUCAGUGAUGAACGUCAAGGAGGGUAGGGUUUUAAAUGUGGAUUUCGAAUCGAGAAGUGGUGUUUGGAAGAACCAAUUCCAAGCCUAUCGUGAAAAAAGACUAUAUUUUUAAUGAAUUUAUCUCCUCUCUCAACUCCUUUUUUUUUCUUGUAUCCCAUCAGCUAAAUUAUCUCAUAGGUCGUUUUUUCUAGAUUGUGCUAAAAAUAACCUCUCGCCCUUCGAUUUUUUAUUAUUUAAGAGUAUUCUAGCCGAAUGGGAAAGUUUGUGUACUCUUUCUUCUUGCUUUUCUGGAUGGAAAAAAUUUGUUCGUGCAGAUACUUUUUCUUCUUUUAACUCACUUCAUUGUCUAUCUUUUAACGUUCGUGGUCUUAAGCAUAGAUGGAAUGAGGUUCAGCUACUUGCAUGUACUGUCAAAUUCGAUAUCAUCAUAUUGGUUGAAACUGGAGCAUUUAAACUACCAUGGCUAAACAAAUUAUUCCCGAAUAGUUCGAUCUACUACCAAAAAGGUGAGAAUAGUUUUGGUGGAGUCAUAGUGAUGAUUAGGAAAGAUCUUAAAACAAAAAGAUAUGAUUGUAACUUGCCGAAUGUCUGUGCGGUUGAUAUUGAAUUAGAAGAAAAAAUCAGAGUGGU